GACUACUUUCGGUUAUGUUAACCGAGUCCAAUUGACUCUAGUUACUCGAAUAAAAUAGCCCGAUAUGCUCAACGCUACGCAGAAUUGUAUCAUCACAUAAUGACGUCCUUUAUUAGUGCUUCUCAUUUGUAUUUCGUAGUGCGAUUUAAACAGCCAUGUGUAACGGUGCUCUGUUUGUGUUUUUGUUGACUCUUUUCUUACCAAAGUUUUUGUUGGCAGAAUGUCCAGAACAUAAAAUAGAGAUGAACGAUGAAGAACGACUUUUCAACGCCCUAAAAUGUAAAUUCAAGGAUGAAUACAGACCUGUAAAGGAUUACACAAUCCCUGUUCGUGUUAAACUAAGAUUUGAUUUAAAAUAUAUACAUUUCGACACUACUAAGGAUACGAUAUCUGUACACAGCUGGGUUGUUUAUAAUUGGAAGGACGAAUUUUUAUCUUGGAACGCAAGUGAUUACUCGGGUAUAAAGGAAAUGCAAGUUAAAAGUUAUGACAUUUGGUCACCUCGGAUGAUGCUCAUGAACCCAGACGCCACUUACUACAAUUACGAUAAAAUUUAUACGAUUUGUAUAUUGGCGUACGAUGGUAUAGUAACAUGUGUACCGAGGACAGUAUACAAAGCGACAUGUCAGUCGCAACUUAUAAACUGGCCAUACGACGAACAAAGUUGUACUAUAUAUUUAGGUUCUUGGAUGAAUAAAGAAGAACAAGUGAAUUUGACAUUUUAUGAAAAUGAUCCAAUAAUAUUGGAUGAUUUUCAAACCGCUCCAGGUUGGAAACUUCUAAAAGUGGUCCAUUAUCGUGUACCGGGUGAGCAGCAAAAAAUUUAUAAUUCAAAUAAAAGCCAACCAACCUUAAAGUUAACGUUUUUAUUACGUCGUGAAGCUGCUGGGUUAGCGAUCCUUAUAAUUGUUCCACCUACAGUUUUAGUAUUGCUAAUGCUUUCAUUCCUUGUUAUGAAAGUUAGAGAUAAUAGUCGAUUAUCGUUGUUGAGCUUCAUUUUGUUUAAUCAUUUUGCUGUUAUCAUUACUAUAGGUUUUGUUGUGCCUCGACUGAGUUUGGACACACCAUUUAUAUUGUUUUUUAUUCGUGAUUCAAUGAUUAUGACAUUAGUAAGUAUUUUGGAGACCUUAUUGCUCAUGUCCUUGACAAGAAGAAUUCUACCAGCCCCUAUUUGGAUAACUUCUGUGAAUCGUCUUGUUACUAGAGGAAUAGGAAAGUAUUUAAUAUUUAGUGAGCUAGAACUUUGUGAAGACCUACAAGAAAAUCUGAUUUCAGAAGAAGGUACUACAAAUACAGAUUUGAAUCCGCGAUUCAAUUUGGACUGGAUUAAGUUUGCCAAUUUAAUCAACAGUUUCUUUGUUAUAUUAUCUAUACUAUUUUAUAUAAUUAUUAUGUGCAAAUAUAUUCCGCGUUAUUAAUAUUUUAAUAUUGAAGGAAGUAGAAGUUUUUUAUAUUUUUAACCCACUUUCUUGUUUUCGAUAAAUGUUUUAUAAAUACCUAAUGUAUUAAUAUUUCAAAACAAGGUAAUGAAACGUUAAAAAGGUCAUAUAUUCCUAGGGUAAUGGAUACAUUAUUUCUUUAUUCGUACUUGAAAGGUUACGCCCACGGUUUUCAACUCGCUCGCAUCCUUCUUAAAACGGAAAGGAACAUUUAAACCAAUUUGUUGCCGGAUAACUCACAAAUAUUUUUUUUUCCAUGACAAAAGAUUAUCUUAAAUGACAUGAGUUUUCCUUGAACUGCUGAUUCCAGGACUUUUGCCUUUUUAGGUUUUACAUACAAGGGAAACUGUUUUUUAUUUCAUUAAUAUCAAUUAAGACAUUUUAAAAUUAAAUAUUGUUUCAAGUCACAAAGUAUACAUCUCACAAUGUGCAACCAUUUAUACGGUUUUUUAUUUAUCGAUAACCUUUAAAAACUGGGCUUUAAAAUUGUCAGUUGGAGCGCGUUUCAUAGUAAGAUAAUAGUAGUGUAUUAAUAUGUUCAAUCAUUUCAGUUAUUAUUGUAAUUGUUUGUAAUAUUUUUAAUACACAUUGUUUUUUUAUUAUAUAGGUAUGUGUUAAGUUUGUGUUUAUUUAAGAGAAGAUUAAAAAAGGAAAAUAGGUUAAAGUCACAGCUUGUCAUUGUUACAUUCAUUUUGAUAUAGAUUGUUUUUCAGUUUGCUUUGUAACACCCAUGAAUUAAUAUUACAUAUUUGUAUAUAUACAUGCUUACAUUAAACAUAUAUAUUUCUUG